AGUGGGAUGGACAGGACGCAUUUGCUGAGUGACCAGGAUGAAGCUCACCCUGGUCCAUCGUGUCCUGCUGGAUCUUAUGCAGAUCCAAACACAGUGCCAAAUGAUGGGGCCACGGCUCCUCCUGCAGAUUUGAUGCCUGUGGUUCCUGGAUAUGAGCGUUUGGGACCUAAUGUUAUUCCACCAUCAGAUUUUGGAUCGGCACAACCACAAGCCCCAUCCAGCGCUCCAGCGAGACGCUUUGACAUUCCUGCCAUCACUGAAGAACUCGCUCAGGAGGCCUUCAUAAAAUAUGCCAGCAGCAAAUGCUGUUACAGCUCUAAACCAGCCAAAGAGAUGGUGUUCACAGACCUGCAGUCCCUCAACACAUAUCGGUACCGGUUGGAGACUUUUACAGAGUCCAGAACAACAGAAUGGGACAGUGAACCAUACAAUGGUCAGGUAGUGGAUGGUUUCGGAGUGGCUCCUGCUCCGUGGAGCAUCCCGGUGCCCAUUCCUUCCCUCUUCCAAGACUGCGAGAAAGCUGUCCGCGUUCCUCACACGUCCACUGUCAAAACUCGAUGUUCAUACUGCGGUGGCACGGGGAGAACUGGCUACAAUCGCUGCAGUCCGUGUCAUGGCUCUGGCAUGACUAGGUGUCAUUCCUGUGGAGGAGUUGGUUCAAUCACUUGCAAAACUUGCAAAGGGCAAGGGAAGCUCCUCUGCUUUAUCAAACUUAAAAUCACAUGGAAGAACAACAUUCAUGUGGCACUGAUUGACAAGGGCUCGGGAUUCCCGGUUGAGCUUCUUGUUCAAAUUAGUGGAGAGAAACUUCUUACUGAUAUGGCUCCAAUGGUUUAUCCAGUUGUCAGUUUUCCGGACAGCUCUGUGAACGCUGAGUCUGAAAGUGGCGUGAGGGAACAUCAGGCUCAGUUCGCAACCACUUGCCAUAUUCUGCAACAGAGGCAAACCAUUGAGCUUAUUUCCAUCACGCGAGUGCAUUACGCCUGGAAUGAGAAAACUCACAUUUAUUUUGUAUAUGGAACCGAACACAAAGUCUACACCAAAGAUUAUCCUGUCAAAUGCUGCUGUUGCUCCAUCCUUUAAACAUGCUGUAUAAUGCCUGUGCUGCCAGUACUGUCCGUUAGACAAGUAAAAGUGUUAUAUCGUCUUCAUAUUAAUGGUUAAACAACUUUAAAAUUAUUACAAAGAAACUGGAAGACAGUUUGAACGAAAUGAAACAUAGAAUGUCUAGAUGUACUAGAUAGAACAUAUAGAGCAUCUGUAUUUCACCCCAAAAACAAAGGGAAA